GCCUUAGCGCCAAUGCUCAAAACAUCAGCGUCGUUUUCAGUUUGAAACUGUUUUUCUUGUAGCGUCACUAUAAUUUAGUCUGUGUUACUCGUUAAUUGUGCUAAGUGUUUAGUUAGUCGUUGUGUUAAUGGCACGCGGGAGUUGCUAAGUUCAUAGCCGUGCUAAUUAAGUGUCAGUUUGUUAUCUAUUUUUGUGCCAGCAGCCGAGAUGAGCGCAUUCGAGAUCACAGUGACGCCGUCGCGUCAGAAGCAGAAGAAGCGCAUCGAGGGACGCGAGCCCGCCGUGGUGGUCAUGGCUCCGUUCUCGGCCAAGGCAAUUGUGCAGUUCGAGGACGUGCCCGUAACCAAGACGGCCCGGCGCCAGGUGCGCGUCAUCAACCCCAGCGACGACGACAUUGAGGUCAAGGUGACGAAUGCCAUUCCCGAGGAGCACAACCUGAGCCUCGAAUGGCGGGCGCACACUGUGCCUGCGCGCGACGAGGUGGUCAUGGAGCUGGUCUGGAGUCCCCAGCUGGAGGUGGCCUGCAAGGAGACGUUGCAUCUGAUAGACAACCGCAAUUUUCGCAAGGAGGUGAUGAUCAUACUCAAGAGCAGGAGCAACCAGCCGGUCAAGAACACGCGCAAAUUUCCUACCGUGGGCAAAACCCUGCAGCUGAAGUCGCCGACGAGCGGCGCUAAGAAGAGCAUUGUCUCAGCGGUGGUACAGCAAAAGAAGCGCCUGUCCACGGCGGCAACGGCGACGACAGCGCCUUCGUUGAAGCCGACAUGGCGACCAUCUGUUGCUUCUCGUCCUGCUGCCCGCCCGCCGACCCGUGCUCCUGCUCCCGCACCAGCUCCGCUCACAGAGAAGAAUGUGUACAAGCAGGAGCCAGUCUAUAUAUCGCCACAGCCGCGCAGCCUCAAGGAGAACCUGAGUCCCAUGACGCCAGGAAAUCUUCUAGAUGUGAUCGAUAAUCUGCGCUUCACACCGCUCACCGAGACCAGGGGCAAGGAUCCGGCUAGCAUAAUGCCGGACAACCUUGCUGCAUGGCCCACUCCCGAUCUUAGGGGAGGUAAGAGCAAGCCAAUUGUAAACGACAUGCGACCGCGACGCAUUACGCCCGACGAUCUGGAGGAUCAGACACCCACAAACAAGACCUUUGAUAUUCGGCAUUCGGAGACCAUAAAUCUUUCCGUAGACACUUUGGACUGCUCCCGUUCCGAGAUGGUUCUGCAGACUACCACGACCAUUCACCAUGCCACACACACCAGGGCUUUGGAAUGCAUUCGUGAGGAGGAGGGCUCCAGUCCGCCGAGGAUGCAGACCAAGGGCAGGGCACCCGAUCUGAAGAGAGAUAUCCAACUUGUAGGCUCCCCGCUGCGAAAGUAUUCAGAGUCUAUGAAGGAUCUGUCACUGGGAUCGACCCAGGCCAAGUUUGCCAUUCAGGGCUCUAUGCCGAAUCUCAACGAGAUGAAGAUCCGUUCGAUUGAACAGAACCGCUACUACCAGGACCAGCAAGUUCAGUUGGAAACGCAGAAGGGCCUGAUUAGCUCAUCCAGCAGCGAGACGAGUCUGGUGGGCCAGCAGGAUGUGCUUUUCAACCAAAACGAAAUCCUCGCCCAGUCAAGUCGCUUCAAUCUGCAUGAACUGGGCCGUAAGUCACGCAGGGGAAGUCCGGUGAAGCAGUCAAAUCCCCACAAGCGCCGCUCGCACGAACUAAGUUUCUCCGAUUCGCCCAGCAAUGAAUCACUGCAUCGCCAGGACACAAUGCCUCUCUCCCCGCCCAAGAAGCAGCGCGUGGAGGACACCAGCCUGCUAAAGGGUGCAGCGCCAGCCAAUGCCUCUGCCCGAAGCUCUGGAGCUCACGCCUGGACUCACACGCAGCCCAAAAAGUUCAAGCUGGCCACCACGUUGGCCCUGAUGAAGAAAACAACCACGCCGCGGAAGGUGAGAGACACUAGCGGAGUCCAGGCUUCUGUCAAGCUGUACGAUUCUGAACUAUACAUGCAGACGUACAUAAACCCGGAUCCGUUUGCGGCCACCACCACAGCGGAUCCCUUCCUGGCAUCCACAAUGUAUCUGGAUGAGCAGGCGGUGGAGCGUCACCAGGCGGACUUCAAGAAGUGGCUCAAUGCCCUGGUAUCUAUACCCGCCGAUUUGGAUGCGGAUUCCGACAGCAAGAUAGACGUGGGCAGGCUCUUUAACGAGGUACGAAACAAGGAGCUGGUUGUGGCGCCCACCAAGGAGGAGCAGUCUAUGAACUAUCUCACCAAAUACCGCCUGGAGACAUUGCGCCGGGCAGCCGUAGAGCUGUUCUUCAGCGAGCAGAUGCGCCUGCCCUGCUCCAAGGUGGCCGUGUAUGUGAACAAGCAGGCGCUGCGCAUCCGCAGCGACCGGAACCUGCACCUGGACGUGGUCAUGCAGCGUACCAUCCUGGAGUUGCUGCUCUGCUUUAAUCCGCUUUGGCUGCGCCUUGGACUGGAAGUGGUCUUCGGAGAGAAGAUCCAAAUGCAGUCCAACAGGGACAUUGUGGGCCUCAGCACCUUUAUCCUUAAUCGCUUGUUCCGGAACAAGUUCGAGGAGCAGAGGUACAGCAAGGCCUACACCCUCACCGAGGAGUACGCGGAGACCAUCAAGAAGCACACCCUGCAGAAGAUCCUGUUCCUGCUACUAUUCCUUGACCAGGCCAAACAGAAGCGCAUUGUCAAGCACAAUCCCUGCUUGUUCGUAAAGAAGUCGCCGCACAAGGAGACCAGGGACAUCCUCCUGCGCUUCUCCUCGGAGCUGCUGGCCAACAUUGGCGACAUCACCCGGGAGCUGCGACGCCUGGGAUAUGUGCUCCAACACCGUCAAACCUUCCUAGACGAGUUCGAUUACGCCUUCAACAACCUGGCCGUGGACCUGAGGGAUGGAGUAAGGCUGACCCGUGUUAUGGAGGUUAUUCUCCUGCGCGACGAUCUCACCCGUCAGUUGAGAGUGCCCGCCAUUUCACGUCUCCAGCGCAUCUUCAACGUCAAGCUGGCUCUGGGUGCCCUGAGUGAGGCCAACUUCCAACUGGGCGGUGACAUCAACGCCCCGGACAUCGUAGACGGACAUCGCGAGAAGACCCUCUCCCUGCUCUGGCAGAUCAUCUACAAGUUCCGUUCGCCCAAGUUCCAUGCUGCCGCCGCGGUGCUCCAAAAGUGGUGGCGGCAACGCUGGCUGAGUGUGAUUAUCCAGAGGCGCAUACGCCACAAGGAACUGAUGAGACGUCACCGAGCGGCUACAAAAAUCCAGGCAGUCUUCAGAGGUCACCAGAUGCGUAAAUAUGCCAAGUUAUUCAAGGCGGAGCGAAUCCAGGCAGCCAUCGUCCUACAGAAGUUCACACGUCGCUUCCUGGCCCAGAAGCAACUCUAUCACACCUACCACAGCAUUGUCACCAUCCAGCGCUGGUGGCGGGCCCAACAGCUUGGUAGGCAGUGCCGUCAGAAAUACUUGGAACUCCGGCAAGCGGUCAUCUUCCUGCAGCGCAUCUGGCGGCGUCGUCUCUUCGCCGAGAAGCUACUGGCAGCGGCGGCCACAGCACGUCUCCAACGAUCCCAAAAGCAACAGGCAGCUGCCAGUUAUAUCCAGAUGCAGUGGCGCAGCUAUCGUCUAGGUAAGCUUCAACGGCAGGAGUACCUGCGUCAGAGACAGCUCAUUGUCUUGGUUCAGCAGAGGAUACGGGCCAAGUGGUGCAUGCAGAAGCAGCGAACGGAGUUCCUGCGACUCCGAAAGUCAGUUCUCAACAUUCAGCACCGCCGGCGAGCUCAGCUUUUAAUGCGGAAGCAAAGGGCUGACUACCUUUCACUCCGCUCCAGUGUUCUUAAGAUCCAGGCUCAUAGGAGGGCCACGAUCAAGAUGAGAAUUGAUUGGCGUAACUACCAGGCCACAAGGAAGAGUGUUCUUUGGGUGCAACAGCAUCUGAGGGCCACCUGGAAAAUGCGUGAGGAAAGAGCAAAGUAUACAAAGCUUCGUCAGGCCACAGUUCUCAUUCAGAGAAGGUAUCGUGUGCACCAAGAUAUGAUCAAGGAUCGCAAUGCCUACCUCAAGGUGCGUCAGUGCAUCAUCAAUGUCCAGCGCCGCUGGCGAGCCACUUUGCAGAUGCGACGCCAGAAGGAAAUCUACAAAAAGCUGCAAUUCUCUGCCAGAUGCGUACAGACCCAGUACCGGGCCAAGCGCCAAAUGCAGAAGCAACGCUGUGAGUAUCUGCAACUGAGGAGGGCAGCUUUGGUGAUCCAACAAUGGCGAAGAGCUAUGCUCCAGAUGCGAAAACAGCGUCACCAAUACCUGCGAUUACGCGAGGUAACCAUCAAUGUGCAGCGACGAUUCCAUGCCCAUAAGGCCAUGAGAUUUCUGCGGGCCAAGUAUCGAGGCACUCAGGCCGCCGUAAGCUGUAUCCAGAUGCACUGGCGUGGUCAUCUCCUGAGGAAGCAUCAACGAAGUAGUUUCCUGGAGCUUCGCCAGGCAGCCAUCACACUGCAGCGAAGAUACCGAGCUCGCCUGGCCAUGAAGAAGCAGAUGAAGAGCUACGUUCAGCUCAAGAAGGCAGCUAUUAAUAUUCAAACUCGCUAUCGAGCCAAGCUGGAGAUGCAAAAGCAGCAGUCCCUGUAUCAACACCAAAGGAAUGCCAUCAUCAAGAUCCAACAGAGAUAUCGAGGCAAGCUGGAAAUGAAGAAGCAGAUGAGACAAUAUCAGAGGCAGCGUCAGGCUGUCAUUAGCCUCCAACGUUGGUGGCGCGGGCUGCGCGAAAUGUGGAUACUAAGAAAUGGCUACCGGCGAGCGCGUACCAGUUCCAUAAGUAUCCAGCGCAAGUGGCGGGCCACAGUGCAGGCCCGUCUUCAGAGAAAGAUAUUCCUGGACACCAUCCGCAAGGUUCGACUUCUGCAGCAGUUCAUCCGAGCCACUCUGCUGAUGCGACAACAGCGCAAGGACUUCGAGAUGACGCGAAAUGCAGCUGUGGUCCUCCAGCGUCGAUUCCGUGCCCGUCAAGCCAUGCUGAAAGCUCGACAAGACUAUCAGCUGGUAAAAUCAUCUGCUAUUCUCGUGCAGCGUAGGUUCCGUGCCAAUUGCAGCAUGAAGCGCGCAAGCCAAGAGUUUAUCCACCUGCGCCAUGUGACCAUCCAUCUGCAGCAAAAGUUCCGCGGCAAGCAGAUGAUGCUGGAGCAACGAGAGCAUUUCCUUCUACUGCGAAAGUCGAUUCCGGACUUCCAGGCCCACGUCCGGGGCUACAUGGCCCGCAAACGUUUUCAGGCGCUGAUGACGCCCGAGAUGAAGGAACUGAUUCGCCAAAAGCGAGCCGCCAAGGUAAUACAGCGCUAUUGGCGUGGCUAUAUUAUACGAAGGCGCCAGCGGCAUCAGGGACUUUUGGCCAUUAGAAAACGUCUUGCCCAGUUGCGGCAGGAGGCCAAGACGACGAACUCGGUGCGCUGCAAGCUCCAGGAGGCGGUGCGAUUCCUUAGGGGACGCUUCAUAGCCUCGGAUGCCUUGGCUGUGCUCAAACGGCUGGAUGAACUCUCGCGCACAGUACCGCAUCUGCUGAUGGGUUGCUCCGAGUUUAUGUCCACUUUCUGCUAUGGAAUCAUGGCCCAGGCCAUCCGCUCAGAGGUGGAUAAGCAGUUGAUCGAGCGCUGCAGCCGCAUUAUCCUCAAUCUGGCCCGCUAUAACACUGCGAACACGUUCCAGGAAGGCGGUCUGGUCACUAUCGCACAGAUGCUGUUGCGGUGGUGCGACAAGGACAGUGAAAUCUUCAACACGCUGUGCACACUUAUCUGGGUCUUUGCCCACUGUCCCAAGAAGCGAAGGAUCAUCCACGACUUUAUGACCACCACAGAGGCCAUUUACAUGGUUCGCGAGACAAAGAAGCUGGUGGUCCGUAAGGAGAAGAUGAAGCAGAAUGCCCGGAAGCCCGCAAUCGUUCCGAUGGGACGCUAUGAGACAAACAAAGCACCGGUCUUCACAAAGAGCGCCUUGCCCAGCCUGGAGCCGGACUUUGGCAUCAUUCGGUUCAGUCCCUACACCUUCGUCUCGUCUGUCUUCGCCUUCGACACCAUACUGUGUAAGCUGCAAGUAGACAUGUUUUAGUUCUUAAUAUUGCUCGUUUGAAACGUUUCCAUGUUGUGGUUUGUCCCUUUAUUAUAAGCAAAAUUGUUACCCUCCGAUUUAGUUUUAAGGAAACAACUGAACGCAUAUUAGUCAAGUUAGGAGGACCAUCACCAUGUAGGAUAUACAUAUAUAUAAGCUGAUUUUGUAACUGCUAGCCAAACUAUGUUUAUUGUUUUUUAUGAAAAGAUCACGAAAUAAAUACAACUAAGA